UGCUGCUGUCGCCACCGGAGGACCAUCACAGACACUGCCGCCACCAAUUGGCUCGAGCUCGUCAUCAUCGUCAACAUCAACAUCCUCGCCGCCAUUAUUAUCAAGCCAAAUUCAGCAGCACCAAAAACAGACAAUUGUGAAUAACAUGUUUCCAAUGGGAACACAACCUUCUAGAGGGAAGGCUCCACAAUUACCACAAUUGCAGCCACCAACAAUCGGUCAACAUGGCCAAUUCACCGGAUCAUUAGUCGUUGGGUCAGCUGGUACCGGUGGUAAUGGUGGAGGUGCUACAACAGGUCCGAUUGGUAGUGUUGCAUCAGGAAGUUCGGUUGUUCCAUCGACAAGUGGUCUGCAAAGUGGUGGAGGAAACGGUGGUUCCGGAAAUGGUAGUGCUGGUAGUGGUGCGGUAGGUGAUCCAGGCUAUACUGGACCAAAGUUUAUAUCACCUCGGCGACCAGAUUAUGGCCAUUUCGGACAUCCUAUUCAACUGCGAGCCAAUCAUUUCCAGAUCACUAUGCCACGUGGUUUUCUUCAUCAUUAUGAUGUGACCAUCACGCCAGAAAAAUGUCCAAGAAAAAUUAACAGAGAAAUUAUCGAAUUGAUGGUCCAAGCAUACAACAAAAUAUUUGGAAACAUAAAACCCGUUUUCGAUGGUCGAAAAAAUAUCUACACACGUGAUGAUUUGCCUAUAGGCCGUGACAAAGUCGAACUGGAAGUAACACUACCUGGUGAAGGAAAGGAUCGAGUUUUUCGUGUCGCAAUCAAAUACGUGUCCAAAGUUAAUCUUGAUUUGCUUGAAGAAGCACUUAAAGGCAAUUCUCGUACGAUGCCACAGGAUUCAAUACAAGCAUUGGAUGUUGUCAUGCGUCAUUUACCAUCUAUGACAUAUACACCGGUCGGACGUUCCUUUUUCUCAACACCCGAUGGUUAUUUUCAUCCUUUGGGUGGUGGUCGUGAAGUUUGGUUCGGUUUUCAUCAAUCGGUCCGUCCAUCACAAUGGAAAAUGUCAUUGAAUAUUGAUGUUUCAGCGACUGCAUUUUAUAAAGCCCAGCCAGUAGUCGAUUUCUUAAUGGAAGUAUUGGAUUAUCGUGAUGAUCAUAUCCGUAAAGCAUUGUCUGAUUCUAUGCGGGUUAAAUUUACCAAAGAAAUCAAAGGUCUUAAAAUUGAAAUCACACAUUGUGGUACUAUGCGACGAAAAUAUCGUGUAUGCAAUGUUACCCGACGUCCGGCACAGCUACAAUCUUUUCCAUUGCAACUUGAAAAUGGUCAAACCAUCGAAUGUACUGUGGCCAAAUAUUUUCUGGACAAAUAUAAAAUGAAAUUAAGAUAUCCAAAUUUGCCUUGUCUUCAAGUCGGUCAAGAGCACAAACAUACCUAUCUUCCAAUUGAAGUGUGUAAUAUUGUAUCUGGUCAACGAUGUAUCAGAAAAUUGACAGAUAUGCAAACAUCAACGAUGAUCAAAGCUACUGCUCGUUCUGCACCAGAUCGUGAACGAGAGAUAAAUAAUCUCGUAAAGAAAGCAGAUUUUAAUAAUGAUCCCUAUGUACGUGAAUUCGGUUUAAGCAUAUCGAAUAUGAUGAUGGAAGUAAAAGGACGAGUACUGCCCCCACCGAAAAUUCAAUAUGGUGGGCGUACAAGACAACAAGCUUUUCCAGUUUUAGGUGUAUGGGAUAUGCGUAACAAACAGUUUCACACGGGUGUCGAAAUCCGAACAUGGGCUAUUGCUUGUUUCUCACCGCAACGUUUGUGUCGUGAAGAUGCAUUGCGUUCAUUCACUCAAAGUUUGCAGAAAAUUUCCAAUGAUGCUGGCAUGCCCAUCAUUGGACAACCAUGUUUCUGCAAAUAUGCUACCGGUGCUGAUCAAGUGGAACCUAUGUUUCGUUAUCUGAGACAAACAUAUGUUGGCCUACAAUUGGUCGUAUGCGUGUUACCGGGCAAAACACCCGUCUAUGCGGAAGUUAAACGUGUUGGAGAUACUGUAUUAGGCAUCGCUACCCAAUGUGUGCAAACAAGAAAUGUUGUCAAAACAUCUCCACAAACAUUAUCGAAUUUAUGCUUGAAGAUUAAUGUCAAAUUGGGUGGUGUCAACAAUAUCCUUGUGCCCUCUAUGAGACCGAAGGUGUUCAACGAGCCUGUGAUAUUCCUCGGUGCAGAUGUAACUCAUCCACCAGCAGGCGAUACUAAAAAACCAUCCAUUGCAGCUGUUGUCGGUUCAAUGGAUGGCCAUCCCAGUCGUUAUGCAGCAACUGUCCGCGUUCAACAGCAUCGCCAAGAGGUCAUUCAAGAUCUCAGCACAAUGGUGCGCGAAUUGCUGGUACAAUUCUAUCGAUCUACAAGAUUUAAACCGUAUCGUAUAAUAAUGUAUCGUGAUGGUGUAAGCGAAGGCCAAUUUCAGCAAGUAUUAACCCAUGAAUUGAUUGCCAUCCGUAAAGCAUGUGUUCAACUUGAAGACGAUUAUCGUCCUGGCAUUACGUUCAUUGUUACACAAAAACGUCACCAUACCCGGCUAUUUUGCGCCAACCCAAAAGAACAAAUCGGCAAAAGCGGCAACAUUCCGGCCGGUACCACUGUGGAUGUUGGAAUUACACAUCCUACAGAAUUUGAUUUCUAUUUAUGUUCGCAUGCUGGUAUACAAGGGACAAGUCGCCCUUCACAUUAUCAUGUAUUAUGGGAUGAUAAUGAUUUCUCAGCGGAUGAAAUUCAAGUGCUGACCUAUCAACUUUGCCAUACAUAUGUGCGAUGUACUCGUUCGGUAUCGAUUCCAGCUCCGGCUUAUUAUGCUCAUCUAGUUGCAUUCCGUGCUCGUUAUCAUCUGGUCGAUUUAAAAGAAUCAGAAAGAUUGAGUUUAGCCGAAAUCGAAUCUAAUACUUCGACUUCAUUUUCGGAAAAUGAACCACAUCCCACUGGUGAAGGUACCAGUCAUUAUCCUGGAACGAAUUUGGAUGAACGUACAACAGCUGCAAUGUCACGAUCAAUAGCAUUACAUCCAAAUUCAUUCAAUGUCAUGUAUUUCGCUUGAACAACUUUCAGUAAAUACUGAUAAUUGUUGAAUACUUAACCAGCAGUAAAAUCCGAAAAAGCCACAAAUAUUAAUUUUGUCUUAAUCAUCAUGACCAAUCGUCGUAUUCACUAGCAUAUCUUCACUUUAUGAUUACAUUUGUUGUUGCAAACA